CCCGUCUUAUAUCUUCUAUUCAAGCGUUUCCUAAUGUUAUUUAUCCGAACAGACUAAUCAGUUUGGGCCAAAAUCGAAAUAACAAAUCGUCACGGUACCAGUAAUCGCUAGUGUAUACGUGUCGGUAGUCCAGCACAGGGAUGAACGAAGCAUGAACUAACUUUUCCACGUGUCAUAUAUCCAUUACACGAUCUAUGAAAGCUGGGGUAUUCUUGUAAAUAUAAAUUAUCCUGAGGGCACUUUCACCAAGGUAAUCGUUAUUCUGCUUCCCGUUUUUUUUAUCUUUUUCCGGUAAAUUUCUGCUCUAACUUUUUUUUUUUCAUCAUCUUUUUGGUUUCGCCAAUAAUGGAACUCUUCUUCCACCAUUUUCCUGGAAAAUCUCGGUAUCGAGAAGAUGAAUCCCUAGACAGAUAAAUCUAGAAUCACUCAAAUCUCUGCUCUUCUUCCGAUUCAGAUCGUAUCGAAUUUUGAAUUUUGUAUCUCGCUACACUGUUCGAUUGAGAAUUCUUUUUUUCCGAUUGAUUCGAAUCGGAUUUUGUUUUUUUCCUCGAUAUAGAAUGACUUCGAAUCAACGUAUGUUGUUCUACUCCUGCAUUGCGAAAGGAACAGUGAUUCUCGCAGAAUUCGCUUCAAAGGAAGAGCCAGGAAUCGAAGAUCUAGCUUUGAGAUGCAUUGAGAACGUACCUCCACAUCAUUCGAUGAUCUCUCACACAGUCCAUAAGAGAACCUACGCUUUGAUCAUCGAUGGAUUGUUUUCGUAUUUCGCGAUUUUAGAUGAGGUCGUAGCGAAAUCGGAGUCUGUAUGGCUAUUCAAUCGAUUGAAAUCAGCUACAGAGUCUCUAAUGGAAGACGGAUCUACUGCGGAUUCGUUGGAUAAUCCGACUCAACACUGUCUCCAAUCAAAGCUAGAUCCAGUUUUCGCUGAGAUUGCUGCUAUUGGUGGUAAUCAUAAUAAGGAUUUGGAAUUGGAGUUUGGAUCACCGAGGAGUAUAGCGAGGGAGAUUAAGAGUAAUAAUCAGAGUUUGGAUUCGUCCAAGGGACGAAAAGGCGGUGCGUUGAUGCCGCUUUUAGGAAAGCCGUUGAGGGUGUUGAAGAACAAGAAGAGAUUGCAGACGGAAGCGAAAAGUGAAGGUCAUUGGAAUGAGAAGAAGAUGGACCUAGGAGGAGGAGGUAAAGGAGUGAGGAAUGGUUUGAUUCAUGAUCAUCAUCAUAGACAAAAGGCAAAACAGAUAUGGAGGAAACAUGUUUGGAUUGUUUUGAUGUUUGAUCUCUGUAUCUGCCUUGUUCUCUUUGGAAUCUGGCUUUGGAUUUGUCAAGGGUUUCAAUGCAUCGAUGGGUAAUUAUCUUCGAUCAUCUAAGUUAUGUGUGGUUGAAUGUUUAAAAAAAAUAUCCGAGGUGUUGUUUCCAGGGUUUAAAAAGAAAGCCUGGUUUACACGUUUGUGAUGAUGUUUUUGUUUGUGUUUUUUUGAAGUUGUUCUUCAUGAGGUAAAAAGAAAAAAAAGUGUUUGUAAAAAUCUCUUUUGUAAUGAUAUCUCUUCGUUUUCUUUGGAUGUUUUGAUUACACUUGAUUUGUUGUGUGAUAUUGGGCGAAAGAUGUGGUCUAUGCAGUUCAACGUCUACGAAUUUUAACCCCAACAUGACCAAAACACUCAUAUUUGUAGUUCUUAGAUGUAAAUUUUUACUGCAUAA